AUGUCUGAUCAUAUCUAUCUAUCUAUCUAUCUAUCUAUCUAUCUAUCUAUCUAUCUAUCAGAGUUCUUUCUCUCUCUCUCUCUCUGUUUAAGUCUAUUCAUGCACACAGACUCCACAAUGGAAAUGGUACCCCACCCCAGGGCUUCUGAUCUCUAUCUCUCACUCUCUCUCUCUCACUCUCUCUCUCUAUCUACCUCAGUCUGUCCUUAUCUAUCUAUCUAUCUAUCUAUCUAUCUAUCUAUCUAUCUAUCUAUCUAUCUAUGUCUAUCUCAGCUUUAUAUUAAUAUCUAUCUCAAUCUGUUCAUAUCUAUCUGUCUAUUUAUUUAUCUAUUUAUUUAUUUAUUUAUCUCUGUUCAUAUCUAUCUAUCUAUCUAUCUAUCUAUCUAUCUAUCUAUCUAUCUAUCUAUCUAUCUAUGUCCAUUAUCUAUCUAUCUAUCUAUCUAUCUAUCUAUCUAUCUAUCUAUGUCUAUUCUAUCUACUAUUUACAUCAUCUUUUUUUAUUUUCAUAUUUUUUCUUUCUUUCUUCGAACUUUUAUUUUCAUCUUUUACCUUUCUUUUUCUUUAUGUCUUGGAACAUUUAUUUUCAUCUUUUUACUUUCUUUCUUUUUGCUUUCUUUCUUAGAACUUUUAUUUUCAUCUUUUUUCGUUCUUUUGUUUGCGUUUCUUUCUUUUUCUUUCUUUAUUUCUUUCUUUCUUUCUUUCUUUCUUUCUUUCUUUCUUUAUUCUUUGUUUGUUUGUUUCUUUUUUUCUUCGAACUUUUUAAACUUUUAUUUUCAUCUUUUCCUUUCUUUCUUUUUUCUAUCUAAGAACUAUUUUUAUCGUUUUUCUUUUAUGUUUUUCUUUCUUUCUUAUUUUAUAAGAACUUUUAUUUAUUUUAUUUUAACUUUUAUUUUCUUCAUUCUUUCUUUCUUUCGUUUUUUCUUUCAUUCUUUUUCUGUCCUUCCUAGAACUUUUAUUCGCAUCUUUCUUUCUUUAAUUUUUAUUUCCAUCUUUUUCUUUCUUUCUUUCUUUCUUUCUUUCUUUCUUUCUUUCUUUCUUUCUUUCUUGGCACUUUUAUUUUCAUCUAUCUUUCUUUUUUUUCUUUCUUUUCUUUCUUUCAUGGAACUUUUAUUUUCAUCUGUCUUUCUUUUUUUCUUUUUUUCUUUCUUUCUUUCUUGGAAGUUUUCUUUCCAUCUUUUUCUUUCCUGCCUAGUACUUUUAUGUCCAUCUUUUUUCUUUCUUUCUCAGUUUUUUCUUUUUUUUUUCUUUAUAGAACCUAUGUUUCCAUCUUUUUUAUUCUUUCUUUCUUUCUUUCUUUCUUUCUUUCUUUCUUAA